AAUAUAUCCCAUCAAAAAAAGCCACCCGUUCGCAAUAUACAAAAUUUUUGGAAAUAAUUAUUGAUCAGACGGAUAUAAUAAAAUGAUAAGAGGAGAAAGCCUGGGAACGUAUUUCUCAAGAGGUGAAUGCAAUGAGAGGAGCAGUAAAAAUGCAGAAGGAUCGAAAAAGGCAUUUAUAGAAUGGAUACCCCAUAUACCAGGAAAAAUAAGAGGUGAACAGCCUCUUACCGACAUAGAAGAAAAAUAUGCAAACAUUACUGGAUUGUUUGCCUCGUGUUCAGGUGUAAAUAUUCCAGAGUUGGGUUUUGGAAAAAGAACCAAAGUAAAAGCUAAAGCUAGGAAAAUUCACUUAAUAAUAAGAAUAAUUAAGUUGAGGUGGCAUUGCUGUAAUUGA